AAGAAGAAGAAGUUGGUCUUCCGGGUCGCUGAACCGGAAGUGAAGGGAGCAGCAGACACGCCGCACGGCAGCAGCGAAGCACGCUGACGUUUGUGCACUUUCUCCAGCCGCCGCGAGACGCUCGAACGCCGCCGAGGGAGACGAAGCUCGUGAGAAUAAGAUGGUAGGAAGCCGCGCGAGGCGGCCACACAGGAGCGUAGCCCGAGACCGCGCGAGCUAACCCGCCGACGGCCUGCCGGUCUGUCGCCGUCAUGGACGAGGAGGCCCUGCUGGGGCUCGACCCCAACGCCGACGCCCCCUACCGCCAGAGGGCGAUGGCGUACUUCGAGCAGCUCAAGGAGUCGCAGGACGCAUGGGAGGUGUGUGCGCAGGCCCUCGCCAAAGGACUCUACAGUGAUGACCACGUCAAGUUUUUUUGCUUCCAAGUUUUGGAGCAUCAGAUCAAGUUCAGACACGCGGCGCUGAGCGGCGGUCAGCGGCAGCUGAUCCGAGAGACGCUGAUGAAGUGGCUUCAGAAUCAGCUGGCGAGGACGCACCCCGAGAAGAUCUUCGUCCGCAACAAAGCGGCGCAGGUGCUGGCGCUGACCUUCGUGACGGAGUACCCGGCGCUGUGGCCCGAGUUCUUCUUCGACGUCCUGGCGCUGAUCGGCCUCAACCCGCACGGCGUGGACAUCUACCUGCGCACGCUCAUGGCCGUCGACGGCGAGGUGGUCGACCGAGACGUCCUGCACGCGCCCGAGGAGACGCGGCGCAACACGCUGAUCAAGGACGCCAUGCGGGAGCAGUGCAUCCCCAGCCUGGUGGAGUCCUGGUUCCAGAUCCUGCACACGUACCAGCUGAGCCACCCCGAGCUCACGUGCCAGUGCCUGGAGGUGGUGGGCGCCUACGUGUCCUGGAUCGACCUCGGCCUCAUCGCCAACGAACGGUUCGUGGAGCUGCUGCUGGGCCACAUGUCGGUGGAGGAGCUGCGCGAGGAGGCCUGCGACUGCCUGCUGGAGAUCGUCAACAAGGGCAUGGACCCCGUGGACAAAACCCGGCUGGUGGAGUCGCUCUGCCGGCUCCUGCGGACGGCCGGCUUCUUCUACGUCGAGCAGGAGGACGUGGACUUCCUGGCCAAGUUGUCGCGGCUGGUGAACGGCAUGGGCCAGAGUUUGGUCCUGAGCUGGACCAAGCUGGCCAAGGCGGGCAGCGCCGAGGACGCGGGCGCGGCGCUGGACGCGCUGGAGGCCAAAGUGGCGCCGGCGCUGCGCCUCCUCGCGCACCCCGACGACGACAUCUCGGCCAACGUGGUGGCCUUCUGCUACGAGUACCUGCACGUCCUCAAACAGCUGCCGGAGCUCAGCGACGGCCAGAAGAGCAACGUGGAGGCGAUCAUGCGGGCCGUCAUCAAGAAGUUGGCGUACGACGACGAGUACAACUUUGACAACGAGGGCGAGGACGAGGCCAUGUUCGUGGAGUACAGGAAGCAGCUGAAGAUGCUCCUGGACCGUCUGGCGCAGGUUGCCCCCGAGCUGGUCCUGGAGGCCGUCAUCGGAGUCUUCGGCGACGCCAUGCGGAAGUGGCGCAGCGCGCCCUUCGCGGAGGUGGAGGUGGCCGUCCGGCUGCUCUACAUGCUGGGGGAGGCUCUGCCCGCCUCGCACGGGGCGCACUUCUCGGGGGACGCCGUCAAGACCGGAGCGCUGCGGGACAUGAUGAGGACGUUGGUGACGUGCGGCGUGAGCGGCUACCGACACACGUCGGUCACGCUGGACUUUUUCGAGACGGUCGUCCGAUACGACAAAUUCUUCAUCGUGGAGCCGCAGCACAUUCCCGACGUUCUGAUGGCGUUCCUGGACCAGCGAGGACUGAGACACGACAGUCCCAAAGUGCGAAGUCGGGCGGCCUACCUUUUCUCCCGCUUCAUCAAGACGCUGCACAAACACGUGACGCCGUUCACGGAGGACAUCCUGACCCGGAUCCAGGACCUCGUGGAGCCGGCCCCUCCCGGCAAGGCCUCGUCGGCGCCGCUGACGGCCGACGACCAGCUGUUCGUGUUCGAGGCGGCGGGCGUGCUGAUCGUGAGCGGCGAGAGCGCGCCCGAGAGGAAGGAGGCGCUGAUGCGCGGCCUGCUGGCGCCGCCGGUGGCCGCCUUCCGCCCGCUGCUGGACGAACUCGCCGCCGAGACGGACGAGGAGGCUCAGGCGGCCGUCGCCGACCGCCUGAGCCACGCCGUCGGCUUCGUCAGCCGCACCAGCAAGGCGUUCAGCAACAAGCAGACGGUGAAGCAGUGCGGCUGCAUCGAGGUCUACCGCGACUGCCUGCGCGCCUUCCUGCCGGCGCUGGGCUGCCCCGUCCAGCGGGGGGCGCUGCGAGGCUGCGUGCGCUCCUUCCUGCACCGCAUGAUCAUCUGCAUGGAGGAGGAGGUGCUGCCCUUCGUGCCCGCCGCCUCCGAGCACAUGCUGAAGGACUGCGAGGCCAAAGACCUGCAGGAGUUCAUCCCGCUCAUCAGCCAGAUCGCCGCCAAGUUCAAACGGCAAGUGUCCCCCUUCCUCCGGCAGAUCUUCAUGCCGCUGGUGCUGUCCGUCUUCGAGGCGCUGGCGCGGCCCGCCGACGCCGACGACCAGGCGGCCGCUCUGGAGAAGCAGAUGCUGCGCAGGAGCUACUUCUCCUUCGUCCAGACGGUGGCCGGCAGCGGCGCCGACGAGGUCCUGGCCGACCAGGGGGCGGAGAACGUGGAGCGGGUGGUGUUCACCGUCAUCCAGGGAGCCGUGGAGGUCCCCGACCCCGUGGCGCAGAAGACCUGCUUCGCCGUGCUCGCCAGGCUCGUCGAGCUUUGGGGCGGCGAGGGCGGCAUGUCCGGCUUCGGCGACUUCACGUACAAACACAUCGUUCCCGCCUGCUUUCUGGCUCCUCUCAAGCCGACCUUUGACCUUUCGGACGCUCAGACAACGCUGACUUUGUCGGAGGUGGCCUUGACGCUGAAGAGCAUCUACGACAAGCAGGGUCCGGAGCUGCUGGAGUUCCUGCGGCGAGACUACCUUCCGUCGCUUCGCGUGUGUCCGGACGUGGCGCAGGAACUUUGUCUCGUCCUGCAGCAGCCCGACGCCAAAGUCCUCAAGACCUACCUGAAGGUGUUCUUCCAGCGAGCCAGGCUGUAGCAGGUCAAAGGGCAAGGCAAGCGCGCGCCGACCCGCGACCGGAUGACUUGUCCGCGUGAACUCUGAACCUUGCGGAAGCCGUGCGCAGACCCCCCCCCACCCCCCCCUUCUCCUCAAAAGGGCUGAAACGUUUAUUCGUGUUUUUAUUUAAAAGUGCUGUUUAUGCAAAUGAGGCGUCCGUGCUCAGCUCCUCGUGUUGGCUUCGAGGACAAAUAACAUUGACAGCCACUUUUUUUUUCUCUCUCCAACCCGUCAACUUUUUUCUGUUAGCACAAAAAAACUAACUAAAUACAAUCACACAAAAACA